AUGAUAUCAAAAAGCACACAGAACUUGGACUACGACGUCCUAAUUGUGGGCGCGGGGUUUAGCGGGAUCUAUCUUUUGCAUCAUCUACGCCAGCUAGGAUACCGCUGCAAGAUCUACGAAGCAGCCAGCGGACUUGGUGGGGUUUGGCACUGGAAUUGCUAUCCCGGCGCUCGGGUUGAUUCCGCCAGUGAAAUCUACCAGUUGUCGAUCCCCGAAGCGUGGCAGGAAUGGAGCUGGUCUCAGCGAUAUCCAGACCGCAAGGAGAUCCUGCAGUACUUCGAUCACCUCGACCACGUGCUUAACAUCAAGGAAGAUGUCGAGUUCUACACUAAGGUUGUCGGUGCGCAAUACAAUCGUCAGCGUGCUCGAUGGGAGAUUCGGACCGACGAUGGACGGAUCACUCUAGCUCGCUUCUUUUUACCGUGUGUUGGGUUCGCAGCGAAGGAAUACGUGCCUGAUAUCCCCGGAUUGAAUAACUUCCAGGGCAUCAUCUGUCAUUCGUCGGCGUGGCCCAAGGAUGGGAUCGAUAUCCGGGGGAAAAGGGUUGGGGUGAUUGGUACGGGGUGCACCGGAGUGCAGAUUGUCCAGGAAUGGGCGAAGCAAGCAGAAAAUCUCACGGUCUUCCAACGAACGCCUAAUAUCGCUCUUCCCAUGCAGCAGAAUGCUCGAUCAAAGCAGGAUCAAGCCAGGGUUCACUCAGCGUUACCCGAGAUGUUCCAACUCCGGGAGAGCACAUUUACCGGAUAUAUACACGAUUUCAAGCUGCAAAAGGCGCUCGAUGCCUCGCCCGGGGAGCGCGAGGCUUUAUUUGAGUCACUCUGGCAGAUGGGAGGGCUCGCAUUCAUGGCUGGAAACUAUAUGGACCUUCUUUUCGACGAGAGGGCAAAUCGCGCGGCCUAUGACUUCUGGGCUAAGAAGACCCGUGCUCGACUUCAUGAUGCAAAGACGAAAGACAUUCUGGCUCCCAUAGACCCAGUACACCCGCUCGGCGCAAAGCGGCCUUCUCUUGAAGAGGACUAUUUCGAGCAGUUCAAUCGACCGAAUGUCAAUUUAGUCAAUCUUCGAAACGUGGAAAUUAGGGCCAUUGAGACCGAGGGCAUCGCCACCAGUGACGGCGCCUUUCACCAGUUUGAUGUCAUUGCGCUCGCCACGGGAUUCGACUCCGUUACGGGUGGCAUGACUAGCAUGGGAAUCUGCGAUAGCGAGGGCGAACCGCUCGCCAAGCAGUGGGGAGAAGGCAUCCACACAUACCUGGGCAUGUCGAGUCACGGGUACCCAAAUAUGUUCUGGGUGUAUGGGGCUCACGGGCCCACAGGAUUCAGCAACGGGCCGUCCUCCAUUGAAGUUCAAGGCCGAUGGAUUAUUGACGCCAUUCGGAAGAUCGACGGCCAGGGGCUGUUGUAUGUUGAACCGACAAUCGACGCCGAGAUGGGGUGGAAAGACCAUAUCACGCAGCUGAUUGACCAAAGCAUUCUCUCCAAGGCGGAUUCAUGGUAUAUGGGGGCCAACAUCCCCGGCAAGAAGCGGGAAUCGAUGAAUUAUCCCGCCGGGUUGGUCAUAUACCAGGAAAUCUGUCGACAGGCUCUACAGGACUGGGGAGGGUUUAUCACGGUGUGA